AGUUGAAGUCCGAAGCAUCUGGAGCACACCAAGUUAGCAAACUGACUGGCACUGGCUGUGCUAGGUUUCAGACAGCAAUCAUCCCCAGCAAUGCCUAGAGUUGCCUGGCCACCUUUUGCACACAAAGACUGAAAUACAGUCACCCUGGUUGCAAAAAUGUGUGGUUUUGCUACUUGCCCAGAGGCUGCUGUUCCACUGCUGAAGUUGAGGAGGACUGGCCUUUUGAACUGCCUGGAUGGAAACCAGCUGGAAGCUCUACGUAAACCAAGCUUUCUGAGGCAGGUUGCAGCUUAUGUAAUAAGCAAAUUAACCCUGGUUCUGACUCAGCUAUUUGUUGGAAUUGCCUUGCAGCCUUUUGAAAACAGGAUGACUUAAUAGCCUUGCAUGGUAAUCUCCUUCAGUCAGCACUCAGUAAUAGGUAGAGAAGCUUGGCAACCUCAGAGAUGAUGUCUUGACGCAAGACAGAAUUUACCACAAGGUAGAAUUAAGGUACCACAAAACACUUUGCUUAUUUAGCCAUUCUUGUGGCUUUGCCUAAGACAGUGGCCGCCUUUCCUGUACAUCACUGUGGAUAGACUUUAAUCUAGUGGGAUCUACUAUAUCCCUUGAUAACCACCACCCAGAUCGUAGUGCAAAGGACAUACACUUAGAAUUAAAGAAUUCUGAGUGAAGGAUUUUGUCUUAAUUGCCUGAAAUGAACUAAGCACCAUCUUUCCAUACAAAGAUUUACUUCUGGUUACCCUGUCUCUCCCUUCCUUUUCAUCAUUUCAGUAUAAUUUGGAGGUUGGGAGAAUCAUUUUAUUUUUAAAAACUUGGGAGUCAUCAAACCCUUGCUGAAAUCACCUAGAGAUUUACAAGAGAAGUCUAAUGUACCUUUUGGUUCACACCUGCUGCACAGCACAGCUUUGUUCAGCCCUCCCCACACCUCAGUUCCUAAUUUUAUUUUACAUGCACUGCAGCCUGUGUACUCCCAAAGAAUACAUUUUACCCAUUGCCUUUACAAACAGAACAUACAAACAUCUCUCUGCCCACCAAGAUCAAUGGCGUUGCUUGCAGAACCAGACAUCGUCAGAGCCUUUAUGGUUAUAUUUGUAUGGACAGGAUGCAGCACCAUAAAUUUAUUGUGUAUUUAUUUGAUUCCUAACCCGUCCCAGUAAGCCAUACAGCUCUCUGAGCAGGCUACAACAACAAUUUAUACAAGCGUUUAUAUACCUCUUACUUAGCCGGAGGCUCUCCUAACCGUUACAGCAAAACACAACAUGGAUGUGGCUUGGAGCUCAUUAUUACUCUAAGAGUGCAAUCCUAAAACGUUUAAACAGCAAAAAGGCUUGACAGCUUCCAGGAUGCCCCAGCCGGCACAGCCUUUUUCUGUCUAAAUUCAUAGAAUUAUGCCUCAAGACCAGGUCAUCUUAAGACAAUCAGAGCAAAGCGUUUUGCUGAUCAAGUCAAAAUACAAAUUUGCUCGCUCAGCCCCAGAAAUGUUGUAUUACAACUCCCACCAUGGGUGGCUGGGGCAUCCUGGGAGUUGUAGUCCAAUCCAUCUGCGGAGGGCACCAAGUUCAGGAAAGCCGACGCAGAAAACUCGUGCAUUCUACGAGCAUCUUGUCCGACCUUUUUGGUGGCGCGAAGAUAUAACGUCACGCAAAAACGUGACCCUCUAACAGCGGGGUUCCUUUACUGGAGAGCGUCAUGGAAGCGUGAAACAAAUAGGAAUUUUCCGUACGGUGACGUCAUAAAAAAGAUGGCGGCGCCCAGUAGUUACAUGCGCGGAAUGCGCAUGCGUUCUCUUCAAGCCAGGGAGAAGAAGCCGCUCGGCCCCAGUGAGUGGGUGUGGGUUGCAGGAAGGCCCCACCAUGGAGGCCCCUCCUGUCACUAUGAUGCCUGUCACUGGCGGUACGAUUAACAUGAUGGAAUAUUUACUUCAAGGUAGUAUUUUGGACCAGAGUCUGGAGAGCCUUCUUCAUAGACUCCGUGGCUUGUGCGACAACAUAGAACCUGAGACCUUUCUGGACCAUGAGAUGGUGUUUCUCCUGAAGGGCCAGCAGGCCAGCCCAUUUGUCCUUCGCAUACGACGUUCCAUGGACAAGCCUGGCACUCCUUUGCACUUACGGUAUCUUGGGCAGCCAGAAAUGGGAGACAAAAACCGUCAUGCCUUGGUUCGCAACUGUGUUGAUAUUGCUACCUCUGAGAACCUGACAGACUUUCUGGUAGAGAUGGGCUUCCGCAUGGACCAUGAGUUUGUGGCCAAGGGGCAUGUAUUCCGCAAGGGCAUUAUGAAGAUUGUGGUAUACAAGGUCUACCGCAUCCUGAUGCCAGGAAAUACUGAUAACAUUGAGCCGUUGUCUCUCUCCUACCUUGUGGAGCUCAGCAUUGUAGCACCAGCGGGACAGGACAUGGUUUCUGAUGACAUGAGGAGUUUUGCUGAGCAACUGAAGCCUUUAGUUCACUUAGAGAAAAUUGAUCCCAAAAGACUUGUGUAAGUGAGAUGGCCUGCAGCUACGGCUGAAUCCUUUGUCUUUCAGAGAUGGAGGACAUCAGACAUUUUGACCAAUACAGAUAGGUUGAUCUGGUUUUUACCUCCUUAAAUAAACCCAAAUUGGGGUAAGCUGCUUGGUCUUGCAUUAAUUCACAAAAUAAGCGUGUUUUAGUGAUUCCCAAUAAAGAGGUGGCUAUUCCUGUU